AUGCAUGUGGCGUCGUCGCUCUGGGGGGCCGGGGCGCCGUGCGGCGCGUGCAAGUUCCUGCGGCGGCGAUGCGUGCCGGGGUGCAUCUUCGCGCCGCACUUUGGCGGCAGCGGCAGCGGCGGGGGCGGGGCCGGCGCGGCGCAGUUCGCGGCCGCGCACAAGGUGUUCGGCGCCAGCAAUGUGGCGAAGAUGCUGUCGCGGGUGCCCGUGGCGCUGCGCCGGGACGCGGCCAGCACCGUCUGCUACGAGGCGCAGGCGCGCAUCGCCGAUCCCGUCUACGGCUGCGUCGGCACCAUCCUUGCGCUCCAGCACCAGGUAGCACUCGUCCAAGCCGAGCUCUCCAUUGCGCAAACCGAGCUCCUCAGCCGCAGGCUGACCUUGGCAACGGUGCAUCCGGCGUACUCCGUUGCGUCGCCCACGAGCCAAAUGGUGAACUGUAGCUCUCUCUCACAGGCCGUGGACCUCAUAGACACUGGGCCAAAAUGCUUCCCGCCUCCUCUCCUACCAUCGCAGCAACAGCGGGAACAAGAACAGGAGAGGGGCAGUCCAACGGAUGCUUUCGCGCACAACAGCCCCGGGAAAUAA